GUUCAAAACUUGAGGGACCUGCAAACAAAACAAAUCCCAAUCAUCAAAUUCAUUUUCCAAAACACAACACUUGAUUUCAUUUCCUUUCAUCCCUGUAAUCAAAAUCCCUAAAACCGUUGCAAUUUUCUCACAAUGGGUGCUCUCAAACAACCCGCAUUCUCACCCUCUUCAACUUCCAUAAACCUUUUGUGAUUCGAGGGCGUCUGUCUGUCUCAAUGGUAUGCUCUCUUGCAGGUGGGCAUGUGACAACCCUUCUGGAAGGAGGGAGUACAUCACAGAUAAUGGCAGAGGAUGCAGGGUGUUGGAAGUUAGCGGCUCAGUACAUUCAGAGAGAACUUAAAGAGGCAGAUGAAGUAAAUUUGCUUGAUGAAGAAGAUAUGGAUGUAUUCGGUUUGAGGCCUAUGGUGGAUCCUUUAAUCUUGGUUUCUUGCAAUUCUUGCAAGAAACCGGUGAAGGUUAGCCAAUACGCAAAUCAUGCAGAAAUUUGCAAGUCAUUAAGCUCACUAGUAGACUGCACAACAGAGACUGAAGUUGCAGUGAAAAAGAAACCUCCGAGGAAGGAGAAGAAGAAGUUACAAAUUAGUAUUUCUACACGAGUUGCAUCAGUUGGUAAGCCUGGACGAUGUGCAAUUGCUAAUACCGUUGCUUCAAAUUCGCAUGUCAAUGAACAAAUCCCAAAGGAGACUACAUUUCCUACAAAACAAAAAGGCGGAGAGUGCGUAAACGAAUCACAGGUAAGAAGCUUGAAGAACUUUGAUAGUGUCAACAUCCAUCAAACACCUACAAAACUCAAUGACCACCAUUUACAGGCCAACGGAAUGUUGAAUGUUCCAGCUCCACUUGCAACCAAGAUUUUCUAUUCGCAAAGAAAUCAACGACUCAGAUCCGCAAUAAGCCACAUGUAUCACAGAUCAUCAUCAUCUACACAACAUGAUCAUGACUUUGGCUAUAUGCAAUUUUCAGAAAUCAACGACCACCGUGAAAACGAUGGCCAUUAGGACAAUGCAGCAGCAAUGUUCCGGUUGUACAGCCACUGAAGAAAUUUUGGUAGCCGAGGUGAUUAAACAGUAAAUAUGUUUUUGAACUUUUGAACCAUUUUUCUUUGUUCUGUUUCAUGUGAUUCUAGUUCACAUGCUAAACUACGGGAAACAAAGUUUCAUAUCUAGGAUGGCAUUGGAACCGGUUCAAACUAGGGUUUUAUCAACGUAUAAAUCCUCGUAUAGCGUUGUUUUUCCGGUCAUUUGUUUAAAUGCCAAAUGCAAAUCUAGUUCCGGUUCAAUUAUAUGAUGCCUUUUUGUUGCAACUGAUGUACAUAAACCCUAAAGAAUAUUAUCAUGUACUUAAUCAAGACUUUACAAAGUUGAAUUAUCAA